ACCUCCACCAUUCCCAAACCCAAGGCGCAACCGCCGCAAAUCCCGCGCUUCGCCUCGCCACCCUCCCCCUCCGCUCCAAUGGAGGACCCUCCUCCGCCUCCGCCGCUGCGCCUGCGCUGCGCGGUGCAGCACUACGAGUGGGGCCGCCGCGGGGCCGCCUCCCUCGUCGCGCGCCUCUCCGACGCAGGCGGAGCCGACCCGGCGCAGCCAUACGCCGAGCUGUGGGUGGGCACGCACCCCUCCGCGCCCUCCACGCUCCUCCUCGCCGACGACGACGACGACGUCGUCCUCCUCCGGGACUGGCUGUUGCGCAACCCCGCCGCGCUCGGCCCCGCCGUCGCCGCCCGGUGGGGAGGCGACCUCCCGUUCCUAUUCAAGGUGCUGUCGGUGGCCAAGGCGUUGUCGAUCCAGGCGCACCCGGACAAGGACCUCGCCGAGGUGCUGCACGCGCUGCGCCCGGCCACCUACAAGGACGGCAACCACAAGCCCGAGAUGGCCAUCGCCGUCACCGAGUUCCGCGCGCUCUGCGGCUUUGCCGGUAUCGAGGAACUUAAAGACGUUUUAAGAACUGUGCCUGAAGUUGAAGACCUGGUUGGGCCUGAAGAUGCUGCCAAGCUUCUGUCUGUGAAAGAGUACCAUGGUGUCAAUGAAGUAAAAUCUAGUCUUUGUUCAGCUUUUACUAAGCUAAUGAUGGCUAAUAAAGAAGCAGUUUCUGAAGCAAUAGCAAAAUUGAUCUGUCGCCUCGAUGCUGAGAGCAAGGUUAGGACCUUGACUGAGAAAGAAAAUCUAGUUUUGUCUCUGGAGAAACAAUAUCCAGAAGAUGUUGGCGUUCUAGCAGCAUUUUUCUUCAAUUAUAUCAAGCUCAGUCCUGGUGAAGCACUUUACAUUGGUGCCAACGAACCACAUGCAUAUCUAUCUGGGGAAUGCAUUGAAUGUAUGGCCACUUCAGAUAAUGUUGUUCGUGCUGGUUUGACACCUAAGUACAGAGAUGUGCAAACUCUUUGCUCUAUGCUAACAUACAAACAGGUCUUUCCAGAAAUCUUACGGGGGGUUCCUGUGGAGCCGCAUGUAAGACGCUAUACCCCUCCGUUUGAUGAGUUUGAAGUUGACUGCUGCUCGCUACCAUCAGGAGAAUUGGUUGUGAUAUCCCCAGUGCCAGGUCCAUCCGUCUACCUAGUGAUGGCCGGUGAAGGCGAAAUUCAGGUAGAUUCCAUGCCAGAAGGUGAAAAGUCUAAACAAGGUGAUGUUUUCUUCGUUCCUGCACACACCGAGGUUAAGUUCUCUGCCUCCGGUCCUGAGUGCAUGCUGCUGUACAGGGCUGGGGUCAAUAGCAGAUUCUUCAGUUAAUUAGUGACCGCUGAAAGUGUACCACACACAGUUGCUUUAGGAAAAAAAAAUCAGUGCUAAAAUACAAAGUGAAAUUAUAUGAUUAGUUAGCAAAAGUUACCCUAUACUGUAUAGGUCAACAAAAGAAUAAGCCGGUUCCUUCAUCUCUUGAUUAUUUCUUCUUCCAAAGAAGUCUACACCAUAUCCAUCCUCAUCCAUUCAAAUCUAUCUGAUGUGGAGGGGAUUACAUUACAGAAUAAAUUUCAGCCAUUUCAUUACAUUGUAGUUCAGAACCAAAAUGUGAACUGCUCUCUGACACAGAAAUAUAGUUGGAAAUAUUUACAGGCGUGCUGCAUGCACUGUCUCUCUUCA